CCGACUAUCUACCUUGUUUAUAUCGAAUAAAAAUCACAUGUUUGAUUAAUAUGCAGGGAAGAGAAUUAUGAAAUAAUCUGAACUCAAUUUCUUAUUAUAAAACACAGAUUUACUAAUCAGUACAAGUAUAUACGUCCAGAUUCAACUAAUCACCUCUCUUUAUAUAAUUCACAGUUUUUCUCCUCUUUCACAACUCAAUUCCCAAUUCUCUUUCACAGCCUCUCUGUUUUUUCCUCCACCACACACACAAACACACACAUCAAUGGCCGACGCCGCCCUGAAGAAGCGCUCCGGCUCCUCCGACGACCAGUGGGACCAGCUCGCCGCCGCCAAGAAGCACCACACGGCGAGGCCGCCGCCCCACGCCGCCGACCCCGCGGCGGCGAUGGCGGCCUCCCGGCACGAGUUCGGCGAGCACGGCGGCGUGAACAUGUCUAUCGAAGCCUCCGCCACGUUCACGGUGAUGGAGCCGGACACCCUCCGGCGGAUGUUCGCCGGCGAGCUCGGCCCCGACCGGGACUUCUUCGUCUACAGCCGCCACUUCAACCCCACCGUGCUGAACCUCAGCCGGCUGCUGGCCGCCAUGGAGGGGACGGAGGCGGCCUACUGCACCGCCUCCGGGAUGUCGGCGAUCGUGUCGGUGCUGGUCCAGAUUUGCAGCUCCGGCGACCGGCUGGUGGCGUCGCACACGGUGUACGGUGGGACCCACGCGCUGAUGUCGCACUUCCUGCCGCGCGUGGCGAACAUAACGACGUCGUUCGUGGACAUCGGCGACCUGGCGGAGGUGGAGAGGGAGGUGGGGAAAGGCGGCGUGAAGGUGCUGUACUUCGAGACGAUGUCGAACCCGACGCUGACGGUGGCUAACGUGCCGGAGCUGUGCAGGAUAGCGCACGAUAAGGGGGUGACGGUGGUGGUGGACAACACGUUUGCGCCGAUGGUGGUGUCUCCGGCGAGGCUGGGGGCGGACGUGGUGGUGCACAGCAUCACAAAGUUCAUCAGCGGCGCGGCCGACAUUAACGCAGUGAACUCCCUGAUGGACCUCCAUCAGGGAGCCCUCAUGAUAAUGGGCCCAACUAUGAACCCAAAAGAGCACUGCCACCGGGCCCACGUGUUCGCCACCCGUAUGAAGGGCCUCGGGCUCAAGGUCAUCUAUCCGGGCCUUGAAGACCACCCGGACCACGCCUUACUCGAGUCCAUUUCAAACCCGGGCUACGGCCACGGUGGCAUCCUCUGCCUCGACAUGGGCUCUGAGGAACGGGCCUACCGCUUAAUGGGCCUCCUUCAGAACCACACGCAAUUCGGGCUUAUGGCAGUUAGUCUCGGGUACUAUGAGACUCUAAUGUCGUGCUCGGGCAGCAGCACGAGUAGCGAAAUGAACGAAGAGGAGAAAGCCCGAGCAGGCAUCUCGCCGGGCCUAGUUAGAAUGUCAAUCGGGUACACGGGCACGUUGGAGCAGAAAUGGGCCCAAUUUGAGAAGGCCUUGGCCCGAAUGCAGAAGAUGUGA